AUGGCGCCUCAAAUCGUCCUCAUGACCGGUUGUUCGGCCGGAAUCGGUCUCGCCAUGGUUCAACGUCUCGCUCGAGACCCCGAUCAGCGAUUCAUCAUCAUUGCCACGGUGAUUUCGAUGUCGGAGAAGAACGAUCUCGAGGACGCGGUCAAGGACGACAUUGACAGUAAAGUUUUCAUCAAAGAGUUGGACAUCACAAACGAUCGAAACAUCGCUGAGGUGGUCGCAGACGUCAUCAACAGUCACGGUCGCAUUGAUGUAUUAUUUAACAUCACUGGAAUGAGCUUUGUAGGGAUUCCCGAAAGAGUCCCGCGGGAACAGAUCGACCGUAUCUUCAGUGUGAAUGUGACGGGGACUAUCAGACUUACCCAGGCAGUCCUUGCCCACAUGAAGAAGCGACGAUCCGGAAAGUUUAUCACCUUUUCAAGCUUGGCAGGUAGAAUUGGUUUCCCAUAUUCUGAGUUUUAUUGCGCAUCGAAAUUCGCCAUCGAGGGUUUAUUCGAGUCACUUGCUGCGGGUCUACGUAGCUUUAACAUUAGAGUCUGCUUGAUCGAACCAAAGGAGGUCAACACAGGCCUUUGGGACGGAAUGAAACAAGACAUGGAAUUAUUGGCAAACGAUGAAACUACCUCGGACGUUGAUCGCCGUCAACUACGUAUUACCCUGGCUCGAUCACGUGAGGGCGCUGCUCUAACUGUAAACGACGUCGUAGAUUCUGUGAUGACGAAUUGCUUGGACGUCGAUAAACCAGUGCUCAGACACCUGAUCGCUGGAGAAACAAAUGAUCUUAUUCAGAAAACUGCUUUGGACUUGACUGGAGAAGCUGGUAUUGAUGCUUUAGGUUUCAAGAAUCUCCGCGACCAUAGCAAUAAUUCCAAAUAA